GCGAAUGUCGCACCUGUCUAUAGACUGCUUUCAGUUUCUUCUAGACAACGAUACAGUGCACGUUUGACCGUUUUUUCUUAUUUUUAUUCUUUCACGCAAGAAACAUCAAUCGUUUGCUCGUCCUCUGAUAUCGACGGAAAGAAAAAGUGAGAAUUUCAAAGGAGAAGAAGAAAAAGAAGAACAAGAAGAAGAAGAAGAGAAGCUAAAAGCAAAGGAUAAUUCAAAAUGUAUCGUGUGGUCAUAUUAUUUAUCACAGCUGUUACAGUAGUCACAGCCGAAGAACUGGUUGCUGUCGUUCAUCUGACCUCUCACGAUGCAUCGGUGAGAAAUAUUUCAGGAGAUAUUACGAUUACUCAAUCUUUGCCGAAUGGACCGGUUAAAUUGAGCGGUAAAGUGAACGGUCUGACGGAAGGACUUCAUGGUUUUCAUAUUCAUGAGAAAGGAGAUAUAAAAGAAGGAUGUACAUCGACUGGUGCCCAUUUUAAUCCUGAAAACAACAUUCAUGGUGCUCCGGAGGAUACUGUUAGACACGUUGGUGACUUGGGUAAUAUUAGAGCCAAUGCCGAUGGAGAAGCGGUCAUCGAUAUCACAGACACGAUUAUCUCUCUCACCGGACCUAAUAGCAUUUUGGGUCGUGCUAUCGUAGUACAUUCUGAUGAAGACGACUUGGGUAAAGGCAACAACACUCUAUCCCUUUCGACAGGAAACGCGGGAGGUCGUUGGGCCUGUGGAAUUAUCGGAAUCCAGUCACCGGUAGGAAGUUGGUCGGGUUCCAAUCCUUUUACAUCACCGAGCAUGUCCAUUAUAGCAGCGUCUUUUAUGAUCGUUACUUUCCAUCACUUGAAGUAUUAACGAUCUCAAAAAUCAACAAGUUUCUGUCAUCUAUAAAGAUGUAACGUGUCUAUCUCACGAGUUACUAUAUCUGAAAGUUUACAUCGAUUAGGAAUGAAAGAGUAUUGAAAGAUAAAAUCGAAGAACAACGAAGAUAUAUCGGAAAAUUAUAUAUCGGAUUUAUACUGUCAAUUUCUUCGUAUCUUAAAGUACUGAGGUUAAUAUCGAUUUUAGAUCAUUGAAAGAUCUUUCAACUUUGAAUGGAGUUUACAUCGUCUCAUACAUGUAUGCUUUAAUUAAUCAUAUAUAAAGAAUUAAAAGAAAUUUAUUUAAUUAUCGUACUAAUAACGUCAACAAAGACAUAUAGACGUAACAGAGGUACAGAACUAAUGAAUGUUGUUACUCAAUUAUGUUUAUGUACUUAUCGUACUUAAGUAUAUGUACGUAAAAAUAAGUUUAUCGCACUUAUCUUUAUUUUUUUUUGUAAAACGCUUUUAAUUGCUUUAAUUAAGGUGUUUGCUCUAGUCGAUGCCUUAGUCAGUAGAUUGCCUUUUCGUUUAUCGAACGAAAAAAAUAUUGUAGAAGAAACAAUCGAUUUGUUCUUUUUUCAUGUAUAUACAUACAUGUACACUUGUGCAUAUGUACAUGUAUUAUUUAAGUAAAUAGAUAUCGGUAAAAUAAA